UAACGAAAUUAUAACUCGAAGCAGGUGAUAAUCUCCAUGCUCCGCACAGUAAUUGGAAAUUUCCGACAAGACGACGAAACUGACUCGGUUAAGUUUCGUCAAGAAGACUGCUUUACAAUUAGAUCUCUUAGAAGAGUUGAGGAGAGAGAAAGCGCCAAACGACUCACGAAACGUGGCGUUGCAGAGAAGGCAAAGCAGCUGUGGUAGUCUCGUCUGUAUUUCUAGAGUUUUAUGUUUUCAAAAGAGGGAAAUAAAUUAAAAUCCAGAAGUUUUUCGUUUUGGCGGGAAUUCAAACGCUUAUUCAUUAAGCGAGAUUUGUGUGAUUGGAAAGAGAACAAGACAGUGAAUUUGAAUUUCGAAUCUUGUGAACAAUUCAAGAAGGAAGAAAGAAGAGUUUGAGAGAGAGAGAGUUGGAGAAGCAUGGGGCUGUCGGACAAUUCGAUGGGAUUGAUUUUAGCGGUCGCAUCGAGCGCGUUUAUCGGUUCGAGUUUCAUUUUGAAGAAGAAAGGAUUGAAACGUGCUGGAGCGUCCGGUACACGAGCAGGAGUUGGAGGUUAUACCUACUUAUUAGAACCACUUUGGUGGGCAGGCAUGGUGACAAUGAUUGUUGGAGAGGUUGCAAAUUUUGUUGCUUAUGUUUAUGCACCUGCCGUUCUGGUCACCCCGCUUGGUGCUUUAAGUAUAAUUAUCAGUGCUGUAUUGGCACACUUCAUGUUGAAGGAACGACUGCAAAAAAUGGGUGUUCUAGGAUGUAUCACAUGCAUUGUUGGGUCCGUAGUGAUUGUAAUUCAUGCACCUCAAGAGCAUACUCCAAGUUCUGUACAAGAAAUUUGGACUCUGGCAACACAACCAGCUUUUCUAAUUUAUGUAGCUGCAACACUUUCAGUAGUGUUAGCUCUUGUGCUGCACUUUGAACCUCACUACGGGCAGACAAACAUAUUAGUCUACUUGGGAAUAUGUUCUUUAAUGGGUGCACUUACGGUAAAAAUGUUUACUUUAAGUUACCAACUAUCAAUAGAAGUUCUGUUGUCAAGGUUUUAUGACAUAUUUUGCUAUGUUGUUCAGGUAGUAAGCAUAAAGGCCAUUGGAAUUGCAAUAAAACUUACAUUAGAUGGAGUAAAUCAAAUUGCUUAUCCUCAAACAUGGUUUUUUCUCACAGUGGCGGCAAUCUGUGUCAUUACACAGUUAAACUAUUUGAAUAAGGCGUUGGAUACAUUCAAUGCGGCAAUUGUUUCUCCAGUAUAUUAUGUGAUGUUCACAACUCUGACAAUUAUUGCAAGUGCAAUAAUGUUCAAGGAUUGGUCAGGUCAGGAUGUGAGCAGCAUAGCCUCUGAGAUUUGUGGUUUCAUCACUGUGCUUUCAGGAACGAUCAUACUUCAUGCAACAAGAGAACAGGAACCUGCUACUGCGCCAGCAGGAACUGUAACAUGGUAUGUAAGUGGUGACUCUGUAAAGAGUGCCGAAGACGAACACUUAAUCACUAUACACAGUUCAGAUUAUUACGUGCAAUGAGAUUUUUUCUUUAAAUCAAUUUGGAAGAGCUUGUUUCCCCACCCCUGGCAUUAAGAAUUGCCAAUUUGGAUGGUCUCGAGUUUCCUCUUUUCUUUACAACCUUUCGGCAUCAAUACUGGUUUGGAAAGGUGAUUUUUGCAUAUACCUCUUCUGGACAAGCUGUAAUAACAAAUCCCGGAAUCCACAUUCAAUUUUUUAUCAUUCCCAGCUUUGAAUAUCAACGUUUGUCGAUACGAAGUUCAGCAUAUGGGGUGAGUAUUACAGUGCAGAAGUAUCAACAACAAUGUAGAGAAAUAAUCUCACAGCAGGUUCAAAGGUAGAUAGAUCUUAAUAUUUGUACAUAUAUCAAUCUUUGUGAAUAUCAAGUUGAGUUGAUUCUUUUCUAAAUUCAUUGUUUCAUUUCAUAUUUAGUGAAAUUUUGUCGUGCUUGAUUUUCCCCAAAAAAAAA